AUGGAGAUUGAACCCGACAUUGACUUGACAGGUCAAUCGACGACACAAGCUGCCCCUGCAUCUCAGCAGCACCAGCAGCAACAACCCCCGGCCUACGACAACAAUGCUUCAUCGUCAACACCAACAGCACCCAUAGCAGGUACCAUUUCACAGUCAUCAGCAUCAGUAGGAUAUAAUGGCGAGGAUACUUUGGACGAGCCCGUGUCCACGACUAUUUUACGUGAACUUCGACAAGUGGGAGGCAAAUUGAAGCAAGUGCUAAAUCCAAAUGGAAAUCGACAUGUUCUCAGAGACUGGGACUUGUGGGGACCGUUGGUGCUUUGUCUGGCCCUCGCAAUAAUAUUGAGUACCCAGGCGCCCGAUGAUCAAGCUGUCCCUAUAUUUACUGGUGUCUUUGUAAUUGUUUGGCUGGGGUCAGCGGUGGUCACCCUCAAUGCCAAGCUGCUGGGCGGUGCGGUCUCGUUCUUUCAAUCUGUGUGCGUGCUAGGAUACUGUCUGUUUCCAUUGGUGCUCUCGGCAGUGUUUGCUAUCUUUGUCAAACUGAUCUGGGCAAGAUUACCUAUAGCCAUUGUUACUUUUGCCUGGUCGACUUAUGCUUCCAUAGGAUUCCUUUCAGAAUCACAAGUACAUUUGACUGAUAGACGCGUUCUGGCGGUUUAUCCACUGGGUCUGUUUUACUUUGUGAUUUCUUGGCUUACACUAAUAUCCUAA